AAUUCUACAAGUGGUUCUGAUUUACUAUCGCUGUUCUCUAGCUGGUCUAAAACCGCUUUUGAUCUAAAGGGACGCUUUUUGGACGCCAUGGAUGUUUCUCAGUUUCCGGGCAGAAAGAACAGUAAAAAUGCAGGCAGGGCACAGGACAAAGCACUAGGGACAAAAUGUAUGUGAAAUAGUUUGAUACAUGAAUGUCACUUUUUGUCAAUUUCAAAUUUCCCGCCGUUCCGUCCCCGUAUGUCCCGACGCUCGCAGGGGACGGAACCCAGAUGACAGAUGCCGGCAUUCGCCGGAGGAUAUUGCCGGGGACACUGCAGGAGGGACAU